AUGGCACCAUCGCUCGCUGAAUUUAGCAAGCUCAUUCCCAUCCACGAGGUGGCGAGGGAGCACUACCUGGACGAAGACGAUCGCAGGAUUUGUGUGGACAUUGAUAACCGUGCCGAUGAACGAAAGCACAGGGCACCCGCUCGUCACUCAGGGGUGUACAGCAGAGAUCCAUACCAUCGGCCCCUGACAGCAUUGAACGUUCCUCAUAUUCCAGCUUCCGUUUAUUGGUACACACAGCAAACUUCACGGGUUUGCGAGUCCGCCAGCGCAAAGUAUUCUGCACAGCUUGAAUUCGUCAUUUUGUGGAACACGAGUGAGACCCGGUGGGAACAUUACAUGGAAAGCCUUGAGAUUGAGAAGGAUCUCACUCGAAACAAGGAUGACUGGGGGGUGAUAUCUCGCUAUCUCUACGCAACCAACUCUAACAACGAUCCCACAGACCCUCUGGCUGGGGAAUGGAUCCAUGAGGACCUCUUGUGCGGGGGGACUUACGCCACCGCAUGGUCUCGAAGUGGUUUCUGGCGGGCCUUGCAAGCGGAAUGCCGCGCAGCUGGCGGAGAAGUGGUUUACCAGGAUGCGGAGCAAACUGGACAGAGGUGCCACAUUCUCUUCCUGGUGGACAGCUCGAAGUCCAUGUCAAGCAGGGAUCUUGUACUGGAAGAUCGACGCAUGCGCCGUAUCGAUGGCGCCGUGCUGAUGUUGAAGGAGUUCGCGCAGAAUGACCCCGGGCAAGGCUGCGACAUGUACACAGCCAUUCUU